AUGGCAGGCGGCGGCGGCGGCGGGAAGAAAGACCGCGGCGAGGGGCUGGGGCGAGCGCUUGUCCGGCAGCGCAACAAGCAGGCCUUGGCCGCCAAGGCGAGGGGCCAGCAGCUCGUGAUCUCCCGCCGCGCGCAGCAGGCGCUGCCGCUCGAGUCCGUCAUCGAGGUCAGCGACAUCGACGCCGUCCUCCAGCGGGCCGCCGAGGAGGAGCUCCUCCACGGCGACGACGCGGAGGGCGCCGCCGCCCUGACCGCCGCGCUCGGUUCCGGCCUCAUCGACCUGGAUGGGACGGGGGACACGGAGGAGGAGAGGCGGCUUCUGCGGGAGGAGCAGGAGGCCCUGCACGCCGACAGCCUCAGGGUGCCCCGCCGGCCCCCGUGGACUGCCCAGAUGACAACCGAGGAGCUCGACACCAACGAGAAGCGGGCUUUCCUGGAGUGGCGGAGGAACCUCGCGAGAUUGCAAGAGAAUGAAGAACUUGUCCUUACGCCUUUUGAGAAGAAUCUUGAUAUCUGGAGACAACUGUGGAGAGUACUUGAACGCAGCGAUUUGCUCGUGAUGGUCGUCGAUUCUCGAAAUCCUUUGUUCUACCGUUGCCCUGAUCUUGAGGAUUCACAUCAUAAUCAAUGCUUCAUUCUUUACUGCCUUCUGAUAUGUGAGGUGUUUGAAAGUUUUCUGCUUUCUUCUGAUAUAUAUCUUUUCCUACGUAUUAAGGAAUAUGCACAGGAAAUUGACGAGCACAAGAGAACACUGCUUCUUGUAAACAAGGCUGAUCUUUUACCACUGAGUGUCAGGCGGAAAUGGGCAGAUUACUUUAAGGAACAUGAUAUUCUCUAUCUAUUCUGGUCUGCUAAAGCUGCUACCGCAGUGUUAGAAGGGAAAAAAUUGAGCAGCCAAACCAUGGAAGAAUCAGAUACAGAUCUUGAUACAAAGAUAUAUGGCCGGGAAGAGCUCCUGGUGAGGUUGCAGGGCGAAGCGGAGUAUAUUGUGAGCCAAAAGGCAACAUCCGCUGUUGGAGAGGAACCUGAAUCUAGUUCUGAAUCUGCCUUGGUGCAACCCAAGCGUGUGGUUGUUGGAUUUGUUGGUUAUCCAAAUGUUGGGAAGAGUUCAACCAUCAAUGCUCUGGUUGGUGAGAAGAAGACUGGUGUAACAUCUACGCCUGGCAAGACCAAGCAUUUCCAGACACUGAUAAUCUCAGAAGAGCUCAUGCUGUGUGAUUGUCCUGGUCUGGUCUUCCCUUCUUUUUCAAGCUCGAGGCAUGAGAUGGUGGCAUGUGGUGUCUUGCCAAUUGAUAGGAUGACAAAGCACAGGGGAGCAAUUCAAGUGGUGGCAAAUCGUGUGCCGAGAAACAUCCUGGAACAGGUUUACAAAAUCACCCUGCCAAAGCCCAAGGCAUAUGAGGAAGCAUCUCGACCACCAACCGCUGCUGAGUUGUUGAUGGCGUACUGCACAUCUCGGGGGCAUGUCAGCCAUGCUGGGCUGCCUGAUGAGACCAGGGCUGCUCGGCAGAUACUGAAGGAUUACAUUGAUGGAAAGAUUCCACACUUUGAGCUUCCUCCUGGUGAGAUAGAUGAUGAAACUGAUGGAGAGGACAACAGUGACCUAGAAGGCUCAAGCACUGCAGCAGCUGAUCAAUCAGACGACGGUGCUUCUGAUGAAGAUGAUGAGGAAAUUAAUCGAGCUGAACCUAACAUCAGUCAUGCCCUAAACGACCUUGCAUCUUUUGACAUGCAUGGCCAAAUGACCAAGGGUUCCACAAAGAAGAAGAAGAAAGAAGCAUCCCACAAGCACCACCGGAAACCCCAGAGGAAGAAGGAUCGAUCAUGGAGGGUUGGAAACGAUGGUGCUGAUGGGUCGGGGGUUAUACGGGUGUUCCAGAAACCCGCCGUUAAUCUUGCUGCCAGUAACACUAGCGUCGUAGGUUAG